AGUUGUUUGCAGUUCUGGCAUUGUAUCUAGUUGAUUUGAAGCAAAAAUACUCCAAGUCUCCUAUUUUUAGAUUCCUUCAAUGCACAUGUAAUUUCAGAAGGAGUAUAUGCUGUUUUCACUGCAUUAGUACUCAAAAAAGUAAAAAAGUCGAAAAAUAUGACAGUUUACCCAGAAAAUAGUAGGUUCCAGUAAGAUAUACACAAGGGUACAUUUUUAUGCAUGGUAUUAAGUUGUUAGUAAUUCUUAGUGUUUUGAGAUCUGCUGCUAGUCUAUACAGAAAAGAGAAUUUAAUAAUUUUACAGAUUUGCAGAUUUGAGGAUUAUAUAUGCGUGUGUAUAUAUAAAUGUACAAGAUAUUGAGAGUAUUUCCAAUUGAGAAUGAUUUUGUACAGGUUCUAGUGCUGUCAAAGGUGGAAUACUGGAAGUAAAGAAAAUCUUUACUUUUCAGACACUGAGAAAAUGCCACAUGGGUAAAUGUGGCUUUUAAAAGCUAAAAGUUAAAAAGAUAUUUAAUUGUAUUUAUGAAGAGAUCAAGGACAGUUUUGACCCAAGGACAAACAGAUGCACUUGAUCAUGAAUAAUUUCUACUGUAAAGUAGAAGGAAAUCCCUGGAGCUGUGAAGUUUAGCAAUAGUUUUCUAAUUGAAAUAGUGAUGAAUUAGGUGGAAUAUGGUUGGUAUAUGAUGGAAUUAACUGAUUAGUUCUCUGUGGCAUUAUUUGCAGGGCAGAUCCUGUAGAUCCCUUGCAGUUAUGUGUUCCUCAAGUGAAAAGCUAUUGUCUCUUGAAAAAGAACAACAAAAUCGAAACUGCUGUGGAGAAAAAAGAUAAGUUACCUGCUACUAGUAUUAAAUAGAGAUCUCUGUAAAAAAUUAAAUAGAUACCAGAUAUUUUUAAUGAGUAAUUGAAGAGUAAAGUCAAAUGAAUAAAAGAGCGGGCAAGAAAUGCUGAAGUUGAUGAAUAUUUUUGACUAAAGCUGACUCAAGUUAACUAGCAUUUCUGUAUUUUUUAGAAGAACUGAGGAAGCUGUUUAAUGUUAGAUUUUUAUCUAAGUGGUUUUGACAAAUUUUUCACCAGUGUAAACCAAACUUGUGAUAUUUUGGAGGCAUGAAGGAAAGCUAAUACACAAAUUUUCAUUAAAUUUCUAUAGUCCAUGUAAAGCUAUUAGUGCUAUUAUUGUUUUUCAACUUGAAAAUAUUAAAAGUCAAAAAUAUUUCUUCCUCAAUUUUAACCAUUAAUUUAAUAAUUAAAUAAAUGCAUUUUGUUUUGGGGAAAUGUAAUUUUUAACAAUUUCCACACAAGUAUUUCAUUAUCUGUUUGAUAUUUUAAAUUUUGAAAAUGUUUUACUUUUGAGGCUCUUUAUUUACACCUUCAGACAUCAUAGUUCCAAGCUCAUUUUUUGAGUGACACGGAAAUAGUAUAAAUGAAUUAACAUAUGAGAAAAUCCUCUGUAGUGAGGUAAGUUGAUAGAAAAUAUCACUAAAAAGGAGAAAUAACAGAAUAUCUAAGAUGAACACAAAGGCAGGAAUGUAUCUUCUGAUGUAGUAACCAUAGAACUGAAAACACUGAUGCUGUUGAGUAAAUAUCCUUAUAAUUUGGCUAUUGCUUAACUAACUGUAAAGCUGACAAAAUAUUGGCAAGGUGCUUGUGUGUUCUUACAUAUUGCAAGUACCUAAUAAAUAAUUCUUACUGUCUUUGAUGGAAAUGAUGGUUAAAUCGUAUGAAAUUAUAGAAUUAUUGUUAAUGAUUAAGACAUAUUUUAAUGUAAAUGCUCUGAUCUUACUCCAUUGGAUCAUAUGACUCUCUAUUGCUUACAGCGCAGUGCUUCUUAGAGGAAGCAUCAUAGCAUAGGCUGUUUGCUGGAUGUAUCUGUCUCUAGAGAUGUUUUCCUAAAGACUACGAGUCGGUUAUGUCUUAAGAGUCCUGGGACUUUGGGAUGUUAAAAGUGAUUCUCAGUUACAGGGAAAUCAAGAUAGUAUGGACAAGAGGGAUCUAUGAUUAAAUGAAGAUGAGACCUCCAAAUUUUCAUUGUAGCUAACCAAAAAAUGAAAUAACAGGAAUAAAAAAUUGUCUUACGUACCUGAAAGAAUGCUGAGUUUUUGGAAGUUUUAAACUCAUUAAGGUACUAUCCAGAAUGCUUGCAAGCAGGCAUUUACACACAUUGUUUGUUUCACUCUGUAGCUCUGCAACGAUUUUUUCCCCAUACCAAGCUACCAAGUCCUUAUAUUCUCUCAAGCAAGAUAAUAUUUAAUUAAAUUUUUUCUCUUUAAGAAGCAUUUGUGCAUGUGUGAGUGUGUGUUGUACUCAUAAAGAAAAAACAAGAAACAAUGCUGUUUCCUUCGUUAAUUUAUAAUUGUUACAUUCUUUGUAAUAACUUAUUUUCUAGGUAAAUGUAUUCUCUGUAUAAAAAACAUCCUAAUUCUCACUAGCUGGGCUAAGAAAUAUACUCUGCUAUUCACUUGACUAGUCUUCACUGACCGUGGUGCACCUUGUAACCUGGGAUCGUAGUCAGUUCACAGCUGCAAUUACACCAACCUGAGUUCUAUUCUUUUUUUUCACCUCAGCCUGCAGUCACUGCAUGGAAUUCCCAAAUGUCCUGUACCAAACAUGCAGAGUAUUAUGGAUUUAUUCAUGAAGGAUGAUGUUUUAUUUCAAAAUUUUAAAGUAUUUUUCUUCAGAGAAAUGUUUUGUCUACCCCUUCUACCACUAGACUUCAAAGAAACUUGUGAUUAUCAGAAAGAUUUAUCAUCUUUACUGAUUUUUCAGAAAAGAGAACUGAUCAUACUUCUUUUAUGGAGAGAUAUUUGUAGUCUGAAAGCUUCCACCAAAACUGAAACAUGUUUGUUUUCACAGUAGGUUUUUGUUUCUUUAGUUUGCAGAUAAAAGAUGUAUCACCUUCUGAGGUAAAAUCAUAAUAAUAUAUAAAACAGAAAAUUUUCAUUACAAAUUCUCCUUGCUAAAGGGAGGAUGAUUUUCCUUCAUGCCAGUGGAGUAGCACCUACGAUUUAGAUCUUUUUCAAAACAGUGAAUUGAACUUUUGUUUUUUCAGUUCAUAGGAUUCUUUGAAAUGUAAUCUCCUAAAUGUUUGAAGAAUCCAGGUGAAAAGCCUUUGCGUAGAUUGUGAGGUGGGAGUAAGUCUAAUGCAACUAGGUAUUUUACACUUCUAAGUUGCUGGAUCAAUUUUAUAAAGCCACAGGAUACAAAUAAAUCUUUCAGAGAUUAACGAUCUCUGCCAGCAGAUUCUUGCCAUAAAUACUUAAUUUGCAGUCCCUUUUUUUGAUUUUGCCAAGUACAAGUCUUAGUCUUGUUUAUAAACAUCUUGCGGGUUACGUUCUGGUCAUUGGCUGUUACUGUAUUACUUAUUUGUUGUUUUGUUGAUGAAUGCUAGCUGGAACGCUCUUAAAGGACUUAAGUUUUAUUUGGUUUACAUAUUCUGUUGAAUUAAAAUUACAUUUAAAACUCACUAAAAUUCAAUUUGCUUAAGCCACCACUAGAAUUAUUUUCAAAGGCUGCAGACUUAUGUCAAGGGCUACAUUAUGUAGUGCAGGUGUUUAUGGAGCAAGACCGAAGCACAAAAAAAAAUCAUGUUUAAAUGUUAACCACAAACAAGCUGGGCUAGACUUCUUAGUAUUCUUAGUUCAUUUCUAAAGGUAUGAAAUAUGACAUUACAAGAGACGAGUAAGAGGGUAGUAUAAAAUUACCAAGCCUGCAAAGAGCUGGUAGUGUCUGCACUCAUUACUGGUUGCAUUCAUUGUUUACAAGAUUAUUUCAGAAUCAAAGUACAUGAGGCAGAGAUCUUUCAGCAGCACAAGAGGAAAAAUCCCUGGCACGAUGUGGUUGCAAUGAAAAGGUCUUUACUAUUGUUGGUACUUUGUACAAGUGCCUAAUGCUACGGAUGGUGUUUGCUGUUCAGUGGAACCUUUUUUUUUUUCAUAUUUCCUUUGAUGUAACUUACUUGCUGACAGAAUCCUGUUGCCGCUUCAGUUGAAACAAGUUUGGAUUAUUCAAAGUAUUUGCACCAAAAUAUCUUUUACAGUUUCUUAAAAUUGUCUCCAUGCUCUUAGGCUGACUCCCAAGGAGAGACUAGAGGGAAGGAUCUAUUUCUGCUGGCCCAGACAGUUCUAUGUUAUAUAAUUGCUGACACAUACAAGUUUUAUUUUCAAGUUUGUAUUUCACAUUUUUAAUAGAUGAAAAAAAUAUAUUUUUAAUAUUAGUUUAUUUAUGAAGUGUUUUAUUGGCCAUGGUGAGAUAAAGUCCCAACUAUCCUACGUUUUGUUGAAUAAAUCUAUCAACCCAUUCACUCUAAUUAUCAUAGACAUCUGCCAAUCUCAGCAUUCUAAUAGAACCUUCUAGGUUGUUAUUUCUUGAAGGCUAUGACAUCUUUAUGCUUUUCCAUUAACCCUGCUGACUACUUGCAUCUGUGGCUGAUCUGUAUAGUUCUGUAUGAACCUCUAUCAGAACUUUUUGCUUAGUGUAUUUUGAUUCUUUUGCUAAUGCUUGGUGAUUGCUACUUGACCAGAAAAGCAAGGGGACAGCAAGUGUGAAAAUUUAGUUUUUUAUCUCUUCCAUUUUUCGUUUUAGUGGUUUUAUUUAUUUGCAAAAUGCAUUUGAAUCAGAAGAGAAUACUUGCUAUUUGUACCAUGGCAAAUUUCUUGACCGGAUGAAAGAUGUCUUUGCAUAGCAUUCCUGAUCCAUUUAUUUUUUUAUUUGUCUAGCACUCUAAUACAGCAACACUUGCAGUGUAGACAAGUGAUAAGGGAGAUAAUCUGAAUGCAGUCUUUUACAGAACUGAAAGAAUCAGGUUAUUUUCUUCAGUCUUAAAAUCCCUUAUUUUAGCUUUGUCUUAGGCUUCUUGCUUUUCCUUUGUCAUUCUGCUGUAAUAGAGCUGCACAGUUCUCAAAUACUUGACUGGAAGUAGAACCACAAGAAUACUGGAUACUUCUCUGCAAGAACGCAUUGAAUGUGGAAACUACUGUCCAUUUCAGCUGUCUACAAAAGAUCUGUCUCUGAAAGAAGCCAAGUGUGUUUGCUGAAGUCUUUCCCAACUUGCAGCCUGGAGGUGUGGAAGGUGACCAAAAACCAGGACUUAAUUCUUCACAAAUGGAAGGAAUCUGACAUCUGUUACGUCUAGCCAAGAUGCUGGAAAGAAACUGACGAGUUGUCUCACUGCUUCAACUUAGUGUUGGAGGAUGAUGUGAUGAAUUUAUAAUUUUAAAUCUGUGGUCUCUUUGUAACAUCUAUAAAACUUGAUUUGAUUUCACUGAAGAAUAAAAUUAUUAUACUGAAGGAAUAAAUUCAGAUUUAUGGGCUUAUGCUGCCAAACAGUAUUUCUUCCUGCCUUGGAUGGAGUUCAUUGUGCAUUAACAUUUCUGAAAACGAUUUCUGUGACUAUAUUUCAGUUAUUCAGUGAGUUGACCAUUUUCAAUGUGAGCUUAACUAGAUAUUGUGCAAAGACUAGAAUUAACGAAUGUUUACAUAAUAGUUUAAGGAUUGAUGGACAUGUAAUUUUUUUUCUUUUGUACUUGUAUUUUUUCUUUUGAAUUUGAUUUCGUAGUGUUUGCUUUUAUUUGCUGUUAUUUCUGUUACAUUAAUAUUUUGUUUAGGUGUUUAUAUUGAUUACUGUCAUGUGUAUGAAAAGAAAUUCUUAAACCAAACCAAACUGCUAGCCUAAACAUCAGACAUCAGAUUCAGGAUGUAUUCUUAGUACCUUCCGACAUGCUGGUGACAUUUAUUAUUGUUAGUAUAUUUGUAUGUUUGAUUCUGAAACAACACAGUGGUUUAAGAAAUUAUCUGUAUGCUUUGUUUGCUUUUAUUCCAGCUUUUGUAUCUUAGCAACUGACCAAGCAUAUGCUAAAUGUAUUUCAGCAUGAACUGAAUUAGGUUCAUUUAUGCCACUGCUGAUUGGGUUAGUGAGAGUUUUGGACGUAAACAUGAAGGUAUAACCUUCAUUUUUGUGUUUAUAAAAUUGUGUGGUAGGAGAGUCAGUGCAAGAACAAAUGUGAUAAUAGGCUUUUGUCACCCUUUGUUGGACUGGCUAGAACUUACUCCUCCCUCUUUUUAGUCUCAAGAUGUUUUGCAGUAAUGCUCUGUGGAGGCCUUUGCAGACAUAUAUAUCUAAUAGGAAGGGAUGAAAUCUGUUGAAGAGUCUAGAAAUCUCAGAAGAUGAAGAAGAUGUGUCCAAAGUAAUGGUUGGCUUGACGUGAGAUUGCUGGAGGUCUUGGUCUUUCCGGACUGCCCUGUCAGAACUAAUUUAAGACAUUAUUCAAUCAUGCUGGAUAGAUAUUUGUUCCAGAACAUGCUGUUCCUUUCUGAUUAGGUGCAUCUUUAAAUGUAGGUGCUCUGCUCUUCUAUACAGUGAACAAGUCUAGCUUUUUACUGCAGUGUUUACUUCAUGUUGAUCUCGCUUGAAAGUCUCCCUGGAAGCUCUGAGAAAGAAAGACAUACAUUGGGUUAAGAAAAAAAGAAAAGGAAAAAAAAAAGUCUUUUGCUAUUUAUGUCUCAUGUUUUAUUUCUGAGAUACUUGCAGUUUGUCAUCUUAGAAAAUCGCAACGUAGCUUUUCCUUUCUGUGGCAAGUAGUAAGAUCUGUAGCCAACGAUUUGGAGUUACUGCUGUCUGAGAGGACAGUGACCCUUUGACAGUGGAUGUACAGUAGCCUCAAAAAGCAGUGUGAGCUAAUUCUAUGUUAUAUACUUCUUACCAGUAUUACCACUGUUUUGCCUUAUAAUUUUUAAUCCAACUUUGCUUUAUAGUUUAUCUUGCAGUUGCAGAAGGAUGUGACAAUACUGUUGCGUGUGCUCAAAAGGCAGUUGUAAAUGAAUUUUCUAAGUAUGCCGCUGGUAGAAGGCACAACAAUGGUCAUUAAUCUCUUCACUUACGCAAUUUCUUCCCCAAAACUUCUGUAUCAGUGCCAACUUAGUUUCUUUUUUUCCAAUUGAUUUCCUCCAUCUCUGUGUCUUGUACAUGGAAUGCUCUGCUACUCCAUUCAUUCAGAUCUCUCUGAAAAAGAAAAUAUUUUUGUAUGUACAAAGAAUGAACAGAACUAAAUGCAAUUAUAUUAUCAACAGAUUUGCUUUUUCAUCAAAUUCUAUCUUUUAUAUAUCCUUUUCUUUUUAUAACUUCUUUUUUGACUGAAGACAAAGUAUCAAUUACACACUCUAACCUUUUCCACUUGUACAUAGUAAAAUUCCAGACCAUGAUCAAUAAAAGCUCAGUUUGAAUAGUGGGAAGAAGUCUACAAAGAAAAUUUAACUGUGUAAAAGUGUAUGUUUUUAACUUUUAAAUUCCUGCUCAUUGUGGCUGUAGUUUUCUUUCUAAGCUUUGGCCUCCUCCCAGUAUUUACUGUGUGUGUACUUGCAAUCUCUUAGAGCCUUUUGUCCUUUAGAAGGCAGUAUUCUUCAUUUUUACACUGUUUCACAAAAUUUCUAAAAUAAGUUGAACUUUGCAAUGUGUUUCAUGCCUUGUGUUGCCUUUCUUAAUCUCUUUUUGUCUGUAUGAUUUUAAGACUGAAAGAUAGAAUACUUAUUUGGAAGUUUUCACAUCAGACGUCCUGACAGACUUGUGCAUGUGCUCUGUUUCCUUCUUAAAAGUUUUCUGUUAACUCGGAAAUGAAGACCCUAAAAACCACACAAAAUAUACACAGCAGUUGUCAUAAUGGCCAUUAUCUUUAGUUAGUUUUGAAUUAAGCUAUUCAGAAUUUGCUUAUUUUGAGAGACUGUCGAGCUCUAUAAUUUGCACCAAAAAUGUUCAAACUUACAUAUCCCAGAUACGCAGCAUAGUGCAGUGUUAUGAACUGUCAAAAAUACCAGUGCUGAAUAUAGUCACAGCACAACUAUUUUAACCAGUUUCACUCAUUGAUGCACACAAGAAGGUAAUGUAGACUUCUGCAAAGACAUUUUACAAAGCAUUUUGAAUGACUUUUUCUGGGUAUGUUUUCUAGCUUGGACUUAUUUCUUACCACAGUCAUUUAUUGAUUGAGGGAAAAUGACAGUUGAAUAAGUAUAAACACUUGAAGAAAAAGUUAAUUUAAAGAAGAAAAAGUCUAUCUAAAAGCUUCCCUUUGUAACCAGUAUGUUCCCAUUGAUAUUCUGCUUUCAUCCAACUUUUCCCUUAGCUUCAAAUUUGCUUAUACCUCUGGAAAUCUAUAAUAGAGAAGAAGUAAGAGUGUUAUGUUUCCUUUAUACCAUGUGUAAAUGGUAGUUCUGGAUUUAUGAACUGAGGGGUCUCAAUUCUCUGACUUCAGGUACAGGAAUGCAUGCCCAGCUCCACUGGAUUGUACAGAAGCAGUACACCUGGAAAACAAGCUUCCAUAAAGGUGGACCUACUCCAAAUUUCAACAAAAUGAUAUACCCAGAAUCUCUCUCCUCUUAACUUUCUGCCCUUAGAGUACAGACUCCAGACAUCUGAUGUGAUCGGUGAGUCCAAGACACAAGUUUUACAUUCUUCUAAAGUAAAAAAUACGCUGAUAUCCUUCAAGUAGACCUCUCAGAAUCACCAAGUUCCAGACUAUGAAAAGAUAUAAGCCAAGCAAAGGCUCAUCUAAUACCAUAAUUUCCAAGAACAGGAUUUGCAGGGAUCCACAGUUAAGGCAGCUCAGCUCUGUUUCAACACUUUUCCAAGGAAAAGGAGGAAAUCCCCUGGUUGCUCUGAGUGGAACACAGCCCGUUUCUCAGCCCUCUUCCUCCCCUCAGCUGAAGCAGAGAAGGCAUGAAGCAGUAUUGCCCUAAUGAGAAGAAAAAACUGCUGGAGGCAGAAGCACAGCCAACAGAAGCAGAGCAGAAGAUCUUUCAGUGCGCAGAAGCUGUGUUACUAUGCUGACAGACUCCACCGACUCAAGGAAACAUAUACAAUGAUGGCACUGAAGGUUCAGAUUCUGUUUGGCUUCCUCUGGUGUGUGAUUUUAAUGCCUAUAGAUGGCUUCCCAGUAGACAGCAAUACUGAAUUUCGCUCUGCUUUCUCAGUGGCCAGAACCAGCAGCAUGGAAGGGAGCUCUGAGAUGGUCAUUACCUUUGACAAAGUGUAUGUGAACAUUGGCAAUGACUUUGAUCCCAAGACUGGGUUGUUUCGGUGUCGUAUUCCUGGAGCCUACUACUUCUCAUUCACAGUUGGGAAAUACCCAAAGAAAAACUUGUCUGUCAUGCUGAUGAGAAACAAGAAUGAGGUGCAGGUGAUUGUGUAUGAUGAACAUCACCGAAAGGAACGGAAGGUAGCCAGCCAGAGUGCCAUGCUGCAGCUUGACUAUGGUGACACAGUCUGGCUGCGUUUACACGGAGACCCCAAGUAUGCUCUUUACAGCAAUGUAGGCCCCUAUACAACUUUCAAUGGCUAUCUAAUCUAUCCAGACACUUCUGCCUUCUUCCAGAACGCUCUCAGCUCUCAAGAACUGGGGCCUCACCGUCACAACGUUCAGAAACUUCCAGGAGAGCAGAAUGCAGCUUCACAGCGACAUAUGUUAUCCGAUCAGCCUAAGAAGGAACAAGACCCUCGCUCUGCAUUUUCUGUUGCCCGCUCACAAAGUCUCCUGGGCACAGAUGGCAAGCAAACCCAGCACGAGCCAAUCACAUUUGACACAGAGUUUGUGAAUAUUGGGAAAGAUUUCAAUUCCUCCACUGGCAUCUUCUCAUGCCGUAUACCUGGUGCAUACUACUUCUCCUUCACCAUUGGCAAAAUGCCCUUUAAGACCAUGUCAGUGAAACUUAUGAAGAACCACAAUGAGGUGCAGGCCAUGAUCUAUGAUGACAACCACUCCAAGAGGCGGGAGAUGCAGAGCCAGAGCAUCAUGCUGCCUCUGCAGUACGGGGACACCGUCUGGCUCUACAGCCAUCAGCAUGAUGGCUAUGGUGCCUACAGCAACCAUGGCAAGUACAUCACCUUCACAGGCUUCCUGAUCUAUUCGGAGCCUCAGCCAAAGCGGCUCCCAGGUGCCAGCUCACUCCAAGGGUCAGAAAAUUAAAUGUGGAUGUGAAAGGAGCAUAAGAAAAGCCAGGGUGCCACGAACUUGGGUAUAGCUCCUCUUUGGAUAUAGUCCUCUACUUUGAGCAUGCUAUCAUGUGUACAGUGCUUUCUUUAUGCUGCACGAUUGUGCUCUGACUGCAGGGCCAUUGCUGUGUCUGUCAUUCAUCCAUAGAAAAGUCUGUACAGGAAUGUAUGUGUGUGUCCUGUGUUGGUGUUUGACUUAAGCAUAAAGCAUGAGGUAGUUUUGGGGCAGGGGUGGGGCAAUGUAGUGAAAUGCUGAGGAUCAGGGAACACUGCAGUCAUGUUACUGCAGAUCUCUAGCAUCCAGAAAGCGAAGGAUGUGGUGACUUUCCUUGCAUAUGUGGGAAGGAAAUAAAUGUAAUAAAAAAUACAAAAGGUGUAAAAUUUCCUCAGGUUUGAAUUUGUUGUUGCCUGUGAAACUUGUGUACUUGUCACUGCCUGAAGUGUCAGCUCAAGAGAAAAAGCAGCACAGUGUACAAACUGCAGUAUUGUACAUUCAUGUGUGCAAAGUGUUGGUACCUUUUAGGGUUUUAUUGGAAGUUUCAUAGUAUUUGAUGCUUUUCUGAAUCUGAACCUCCUGAAUCAAGAAGAAUGCACAAGAAAAGUGUUCAGGAAUCUCAUCUUCCAUUUAAUGAAAACAAUACAUUUAAGAAAAGAAAAGUCUACUUCUGUUUCUUGUGGUAAAGGAUGAGGUCUCAAAUCUAGGAAUGACCCAA